CGUUUCCCGCAUUAAUGCGUUAAACGCAUCAUUAUCAUUGUUGUAGAUUAUCAUCCAGACUGGCGUGCAGCGCAGUUAUAUGAUGUCAAUAAGAGCACGAAACAGAGAGAUCUGCGCCGACUGCAGCGCUCCCGCUGAAGUUCCACUUACCGCACUCUGGAGUAAACAGGUGGUACUACAAGCAUGCAUUCUUCUCUUCGUUUUUUGGCGGAUCGCAAACAACAUCUAAGAUGCUCGUUGGGCUUCAAUCAAUCGUGGCAUUUUGAUUUGUGAUGAAUGCUGCAGUGUUCACCGAGGUCUAGGUCGCCACAGUUCUCAGGUCCGGCACCUGACCCAAACUCUGUGGCCCCCAUCUCAGCUACAGAUGGUGAAAUCUUUAUACAAUAAUGGAGCAAAUUCAAUCUGGGAACACAGUCUUCUGGAUCCAUCUUCCAUCAUGAGUGGAAAGCGUAAAGCAAACCCUCAGGACAGAGUCCACCCCAACAAAACAGAUUUCAUAAAGGCUAAAUAUCAAAUGCUGGCUUUUGUUCAUCGAAUGCCGUGUCGAGAAGAUGAUAGUGUCACUGCUAAAGACCUCAGCAAGCAACUUCACUCAAGUGUGAGAACCGGCAAUUUGGAAACAUGUCUAAGGCUCUUGUCAUUGGGAGCGCAGGCUAACUUUUUCCAUCCAGAGAAAGGAAAUACUCCAUUACAUGUGGCAGCUAAAGCAGGCCAGCUGUUACAGGCAGAGCUGCUUACGGUGUACGGGGCAGAUCCAGGAGCACUGGAUAGUUCUGGAAAUACUCCAAUUGACUACGCAAGGCAAGCAGGACACCAGGACCUUGCUGACAGGCUGGUGGAGAUACAGUUUGAGCUGACAGACAGAAUAGCUUUCUAUCUGUGUGGAAGAAAGCCAGAUCAUAAAAACGGUCAACACUUUCUAAUCCCUCAAGUAGCAGAUAGCAGUCUUGAUUUGUCAGAAUUGGCCAAAGCAGCUAAGAAGAAACUUCAAUCUCUCAGUAAUCAUCAGUUUGAAGAACUAGCCAUGGAUGUUUACGAUGAAGUUGACAGAAGAGAAACAGAUGCAGUGUGGCUUGCAACUCAGAACCACAGCACUUUGGUCACUGACACUACAGUGGUACCUUUCCUCCCUGUCAACCCUGAAUAUUCUGCUACUAGGAAUCAGGGCCGGCAGAAGCUUGCAAGAUUCAAUGCACAUGAGUUUGCAACGUUGGUUAUUGAUAUUUUAACUGAUGCCAAACGCCGUCAGCAAGGAAAUUCUCCUGAUAAUUUCAAAGAUAAUGUAGAGUUAAUUCUGAAGGAUAUUAGCAACCGGCACGGCAGUGGAAGUCCAGAGAUUGAACAACCGGAUUAUGACAGUGUGGCUUCAGAUGACGAUACAGAGCUGGAUUUAACAUCGGGAAAAGACGAGCGGACCAAGAGCUCUGAAUCUUCAGACUUGUCAGACAACCCCAUCACUGUGCAGGAGUUCAUGGAGGUGAAAAGUGCACUCAAUGCCUCUGAGGCAAAGAUCCAGCAGCUCCUCAAAGUCAAUUGUCAUCUUAGUGAGGAGCUGAGACUCAUGCAGAGCAAGUUGAACUCCCUUCAGAGUGAGAACAGCACUCUGAAAUGGCAGACUCCUAACAGUCUGGGAAGGCCGCAGGACCUCCCACACAGGGCGCCUCCACGUGGCUGCAGAGCCAUGUCAAUGUAUGAGACUGGCUCCGGUUUAAGGCAGUACCACCCUAGAGGAGAGACCGUCCGUCCUGACACAACCCUUACUCUUCAACCAUUGCCAUCGAAUAUUGGGAAGGGUCCUUCCGCGACCGCCUUCUCAUCCCUUCCCUCGUUCCCCUCAUCUCUGUCCUGGUCGUGGGAUGAGAGAACCCAAAGGGGCUGCAGCCUAGAUGCCCAGAGAAACAUGCCAGAGAGUGACUACGACAAAACACUUAACCAUGUCACAUUGGAAGAUCCUAGGGGAAGAGGGAGCAGCUGGUUGGGCGAUGGAACAGUCCCACAAUCAGAAAACCCAUCUGAGGUUGAGUGUGACUCUAAUUUACCAUGUACGGAGGAUGUCAUCAGCAAAACAGAGCUGAUCACAAAGAACAUCCAGGAAUUACUGAGAGUUGCACAGGAGAAUAAUCAUGAGAGCUUUGUCCCGUGUUCAGAGAGAAUUCUUGUUGCAGUUACAGAAAUGGCUACGUUAUUUCCUAAGAGGCCGAGUUCCGAGAUGGUCCGUGGGUCCUUGCGUCUGCUGACCUCCAGUGCCAGUCGUUUGCAGGGUGAAUGUCAAAAGGCCACACCACACGACUCCCAGCAGGUUAUUCAGUGUGCCUAUGACAUUGCAAAGGCUGCUAAGCAGCUAGUUACUGUAACCACCAAAGACAGUAACUGACUUAUGAGUUUUUGAAAACCUUUCCUGUUCAUUUUCUUAAUUUGCUUCGUUCCUGUUUUAUGGCAACAGUGUUAUUGAUUGUGUUAUGUUCCUGCAUAAAACAGUUUGUUUUGUGAAUUAAAAAAACUUUAAUUAAAUUUUUUACAUAUAUGCUUUCUACAUUGAUUAACUUCAACGUUUAAGGCACUAAGCCUCGAUAAGCAAUGGCCUACUUUUUGUCCCAAAUAAAAACAUUUUAAAUGAAACCAAUAUUGUAUUUGCUUCCAUGGUGCUAAUUAACAGAUGAGUGUUACAGGUUUCACUGUAUUCUUUUAUUAUUAUUUUUUUAAUUAAUGUAAAGCGUCUUUGAGUACCUUGAAAAGUGCUUUAUAAAAUUGUUUUAUUAUUAUUAUUAUUCCUUACAAUGUCUGUUUUGAUUGUGUGUGGAUAAACAUUUACUACCUGCACAUUUAAAAAAAAAGUUUCAGUUUGACAAGAAAAUCAUUGCCUGGUUCUUUGCCAUUGGACUGGGCUGCUGUCAAAAAUCAGCUGGUGAAGUUAGUGUGCCAUCUUGAAAAACAGCUUACUCAGAAUGUGACCGUGAUGUAGAUGUAAGGGUGCAAAAUGCCUAAUUUCCUGUGCAAUAAAUACCUUUUAAGCCUUGCUGCAAAAAGCUACCUUACCCUUCCUGUUGUUACCACUGUAAUAAGUAUUCAGAGUGUAUAGUCAUAUUAUGGAGUGCUUUAUGUGAACUGUUAUACAUAAUUUAUAUGUGUGUUUGGGUUUUAAUUAUAAACUUAAAAUAUAUACUCCCUCACGCGACACUCUGGAAUGUGAUAUGUAGUGCACCAACUUUGGGCUGGAAACAUGUUUCAUUUAUUUAUAAAUAUUUUCACUAUAAAUAAUGCUUUUACAAAAACAAUUAUCAUUGCUAUCCAUUCCAGAUUAUGGGUUCUAUGUCAUUUGUUUAAUCCCAGGUUUCUCUGUGAAGAUUUGUAUUCAUUCAGCUCAUUGAAGACUGAAAGUAUGACAGUGUUUUAGUGCCAAGUUAAAAUAAAUAUAAAAAUCCAAGAUUUUGUAACAUUACGAGAAUAAAUGUUUUGAAAAUAAUCUCAUAAUGGGACGUUACUUUCGCAGAUUAUGAGAUUAUUUUCAUAACAUUAAGACUUCAAUGUUUAAUUCUCGAAAUCCUCGUAUUUUUUUUUUUUUGAACUUGGCAGUAAAACGUCCUCUUAUGGCAGUUUAUUCAUUGUUAACUGGACAACAAAAGCCCAUUAAUAAACUGUGAUAUUUAAUUGAUAAAUCAGUGGUUACAUUGUCCAAAGAAUGUGUUCUUGUGUUGUCUGAAAGGAAGAAAAAAACACCAAUAACACAAACAAUAGCCAAACAGCUGCCAGUUGCUGUGCUAGUGAUUAUGGGUUUAUGUGGUAUUGCUUUUAACACAUUGUAUUAUAUUUAUUUUCAAGUUAUCACACAUGUAAGAUGCUGGUUGUCAAUUAUGUAUGCCUAAUCUUUUCCUUGUAUUUCUUGCACUUGUAGCUGGUGGAUAUGUACUCAUGCAUCUUCCUGCUCAAUGUUGAAGGCUACUAUGGCCUUCAUAUGGGAUAAACAUCAUGCAGUUGAUGCUGCUUCCAUUGGUCUUGUUACUAAAUAUAAUAAAACCGCAUUUUAACUGCAAAAA